ACUGGGGAACGAGAAUAUUUCUAGAUCUUUCAUUUUCCCAAGAUGGCUCAGUUGGCCAUCCUAGGAACUGAAGUGCCCUCAAACCUAUAGUGUCUGUCAUUUCACAGCUACUAUCACAUACAUUUUAUAUGUUGAGAUUUCUACACAAACUAUUAAUCACAAACAACACUUGUUAAGGGAACAUUGAGGAAGCAAAUAUUUUUAGUAGAAUACAGAUUUCCCUAUGAAGAUUUCACAGUAUUCUGGCCUCUGGAAAGGAAUGCUCUCCUUCCGAUUCCCGCCCUUUCUGCGACACCAUGAAGUCCUCUCCGCGCCCCUUAGGCAGUUCCGGAGUUGCAGGGGCCGAGGGAGAAUACAUCAAAGUGAUGUCAUUCAUGACUCCGAGAUGGUUACCAUGGCAACUAUCAGACAUAUUACGAUGUCAGUAGGGUAAAAGCCUGUUUAGUCUUCAAUCAAGGGUUUCCUCGGGCGUUAACCACUGCCUGCAGAGUGUGGACUGGCAGAAAAACCCUCGGGCCCCCCAGCACCAAGGCUCCUUAAACCAAGCCCCACAAAGAAGUCACUUCGGCGAUGGGAACGCGGCUUUGCGGCUUCGCGGCUUCCUGGGCUGCUAAGGUGAAGGACGCCCGCCCUCCCCAGAACUUGAGAGCUUAUUGGUUGGUGAUGUCGUCACUCAGAGUGACAUCAGGGGCAAGGAAAGAGGCGGAGCCGUAGAGACUUGGCUUCUGGCCCUUCUAGCUUGGGGGUCAGGGGAAGGAACUGGGAGGACCUAGGCUGCCGUUCCGCGGAGCCCGGCCGAGGAGGUCCCUAUGUUAACUACUUGAGACAAAAAUAAAUAUGGCCUUCUACAGUUAUAAUUCAGUCUUAGCUAUUGCUCGAACAAGAUUCCCUAGCCAUUUUGUCCAUCCUACCUGCUCUUCUUAUUCCCCAUCAUGUGCAUUUCUUCACUUGCCAGAUUCCCAUUUAAAUAAGACAUGUAUGAAGAACUAUGAGAGCAAGAAGUACUCGGAUCCCAGUCAGCCAGGCAAUACAGUACUUCACCCAGGAACUAGACUAAUACAAAAGCUACACACAUCCACUUGCUGGCUGCGAGAGGUUCCUGGCAAACCUCAGCUGGAGCAAGCCCCAAAACAUCCACAGGUGACGAGCCCUCAGGCCACAAAAGAAACUGGCACGAAGAUUAAAGAAGGCGAACAAUCUUAUAGACAAAAAAUCAUGGAUGAACUUAAAUAUUUUUACAAUGGAUUCUACUUACUUUGGAUUGAUGCCAAAGUUGCUGCCAGAAUGGUUUGGAGGCUGUUGCAUGGACAGGUCCUAACCAGACGAGAGAGACGAAGGCUGUUGAGAACUUGUGUUGAUUUCUUCCGCCUGGUUCCAUUUAUGGUGUUCAUAAUUGUACCCUUCAUGGAAUUCUUAUUACCAGUGUUUCUGAAACUCUUCCCAGAGAUGUUGCCAUCAACUUUUGAAAGUGAAUCCAAAAAGGAAGAAAAACAGAAAAAGAAAAUGGCUGUAAAGUUGGAACUAGCAAAAUUUCUUCAAGAAACCAUGACAGAAAUGGCAAGGAGGAACAGAGCGAAGAUGGGCGAUGCCUCUACACAGCUGUCAUCCUACGUGAAGCAGGUCCAGACAGGCCACAAGCCCAGCACAAAGGAGAUAGUUCGCUUCUCCAAACUAUUUGAGGACCAGCUGGCCCUGGAACACUUAGAUCGCCCUCAGCUGGUUGCCCUUUGCAAACUGCUAGAAAUGCAGACGUUUGGAACCAACAACCUGCUCCGCUUUCAGCUCCUGAUGAAACUGAAGUCUAUAAAAGCAGAUGAUGAAAUAAUUGCCAAGGAAGGGGUGAGGGCAUUGAGUGUAUCAGAACUACAGUCUGCCUGUAGGGCCCGAGGGAUGAGAUCAUUGGGUCUCACGGAGGAACAACUGCGACAACAGCUCACGGAGUGGCAGGACCUCCACCUGAAGGAGAACGUCCCUCCUUCCCUUUUGCUCCUGUCCCGCACCUUCUACCUGAUAGAUGUGAAGCCCAAGCCUAUUGAGAUACCACUCAGCGGGGAGGCUCCAAAGACUGAUAUUCUUAUGGAACUACCUACUUUCACUGAAUCUAAAGAGAACAUAGUGGAUCUUGCACCUCAACUGAAGGGAACUAAGGAUGAAGACUUUAUACAGCCGCCACCAGUUACAUCAUCACCCAUAACACCAUCAACACCAAUUUCAUUACCUAAAGGAUCCAUCACUUCUUCUAAAGAAGCUGCUUCUGAUGUCAGGAAAUGCUAGCUGGAAAGCAACUUGAAUUUCAGGAGAAAUGCACGUAAAUAAGAAAUUAUCUAUCAUCCAGUCUUCCCAAUUGGGUGAAGGGAUUUGGGGCAAGAGCACAGGGCAUGAAGAGUAAACAGUGGGGAGGUUGUGGGAGAGUUGAAGUGGGAAGUGGCUCCUGUGGACCAAAGACACGCUGGCAAGACAGAGAAUCUAUUAAGACACAUAUGGGUUAAGCCCAGAAAAGCAUCCCAAGCACACACAGACCUUGUUUUUUGUAAAUCUCCUGUAUCUUUUAUUACCAAGGUAAAUUAUAAUCUCAGAUUUGACUUUGUGGUCUGUCACUAUUUUGAUUAAGAAAACAAAAAUGGCAUUCACUCCUUAAGAACUUACACGUCUGUGACUAAUGCCUACAGUCCUUUUGUUUUUUACGCCUAGACACUCCAGGCCAAAUCACAAAUGACGGCCCAGAACAGCAAGGCUAGUUCAAAAGGAGCAUAAGGACUACUUGAGGAUGGAGCUCACUCUCUCCAGCUUCCGGCCCUCAACAGUGGCAUCUGUAAAGGACCUCCCAGCUAAGACUCUCUGUCUGGCUUCAGAGAGUGGAUCAGUCGUUUAGCCCAUGGGGCAGUCCUUUGAGGCCUGGUAACCAUUCCAGGUGAUGUGAGUAGUGAGACCAAGUUCAGACCCCUUAUAAAAAUAUAAUUGCAAAGUCCCAUUUCCUCUGUGCCAUUGUCACCCCCCACCAUGUUGUUUUUUUAAUUUCAUGUGUAUGUCCCUUAAGAGAGGAAAUUUUUUUGCACAAUGGAAUCAGCUUGGCACCUUAGAUACCUCUGUCUCCUAUGGCUUGGAAUUCUGAGUAAGAACUUGGAAGUUCCAAAAACCAUUUUAGGAGCACCUGAUUAACUUUCUGAAUGAUCCACCAGUAGAAUCAGCAUCCUGGAAACAAAGUACCUUAUGAGACGGGAUGGAUAUACUCCCCAAAAGAUCUUUCUGGAUAUAAUGAAGCUUCUUGGAGAAAAUGGGGAGUUAAACAGACUGGCAAUCAGAAAGAUUUGGCUGCUUCUGACAUCCCCCUCUUGGGCCUGCAGAGGCUGCAGCAAUCUGCUAGGCAGCCACUCUUCUAGCGCAUAUGGCUUUCAUUAGCCACCAUUUUGCUAGGAAGCAUAAUUAAGGGUUUAAACCUUAAUCAUUUGUUUGUGUUGGGUGUGUGUGUUUCUGGCCAGUUUGUCUUUCACAAGACUAUUUAUUAGUCAUAGGGGUUGUGAAGGUCUGAUAUAAUCCCUGUGCUACCCAGCAACAAGUAUCACAUUAGGAUAUUUAUGUUUGAUGUUUUCAGUAUUAAUAAUACUGAAAUAAUAGACUGCCAUGUAGCUGACCAAGGGCUUUCUUCCCUUGGGGAGUGGUUAGAAGGCCAAAGGUAUUUCAGCCUGUAGGUGAUAAAAUUAGAUUCACUUGCUGUGGUUAGACAGCAGUCAGUUAAAAUAAGUAAAACUCAACUGUCCUGUGUGGGAUCACCUAAAUGAGGAACGUCACCAGCACUUCGAAACAAGAAUAUGUAUUCUACAGUGCUUUCUAGACUUCUGCUCCAUCACAGAAGCCCCACCAUGUCCCACUAAUGAAGCCCAGUUCUUUGGGAAUGAUGAAUCCCUACUGUGCAAAUACAGCAGUCAUGGAUCCUGCCUAGCGAGGUGAUUCACAAUACAUUUUCCCGUUUCAAAAAUGACGGGUGUUUUAAUUAGUCCACAUUUCAGGUGUUAAAUGUGGGAAAAGGAUUAGCUAGUUAAACUUGCUCAAUCAUGUUUUAGCUGAAUGAGUCAUAGGUACUGCUGGGCUGUCCUACAGUUCCUUCUGGCUUUCCCUCCGAGCAGGGUGGGAAUGAGCAGUGACCCGGUCAAAGGACCCGGGCCACUUGAUACACCUCUCCUCCCACUCUCCUGCUAGCAGCUCAGAGAAGUCAAGGAUGUUUCGUUGUUCUCAUCACUUAGGGUGCUUGGCUGUUGGGUUCAAUGAUCCUUACAUCUAAUCCCAGCUAGUGGUGUUCUGGUAAAUCGUUAACCACCAACUCUUUGAGGGGGAAAAACCCUGAUUUAUAGCAUCUGGUUAUUCCAGUGAUAUAAAUCCUCCCACCAUGUUGAUUUCAAGCCACUGCCAAGGUACCACUGGACAGUGCAGAGCUGGGAGGAGACAUGCAGUGUCCCCUGAGAGCCAGCACCACACACCACACUGGUGCUAGCCUCCCGGGGUAAUGAGACAGUUACACCUCUAGUUAGCAUGUUUAUGAAAUAGAUCCCUUCUGUGUGCGGAGACCUGCAUGUGGGGCAGUUACGGUGGAAAUGCUCCUGAAUACUGGAGGGUCCUAGAGGGAACCCGCCCAGACCAGGUCUUAGCAGUUGGGUUCUUACUGACCACCCUCUUCUCUGGCUCUCCUCAGCAGAGGGAAUGGAAGGCUGUUCCGGCUGCUUCAGAGCUUUCUCCUCUCUGCUCCCUUCUCUAUAGAUGCAGAUGCCUUGGCUCUACCUGCUGCUAAUGAUCUCAUUGGGUAUGACUUUUGACUUUUUUUUUUUUUUUUUGAGACAGUCUUGCUGUCACCCAGGCUGGAGUACAGUGGAGCGAUCUUAGCUCACUGCAAUGUCCGCCUCCUGGGUUCAAGCAACUCUCCUGCCUCAGCCUCUGGAGUAGCUGGGAUUAAAGGCAUGCACCACCACACUUGGCUAAUUUUUGUAUUUUUGUAGAGAUGGGAUUUCACCAUGUUGGCCAGGCUGGUCUGGAACUCCUGACCUCAGGUGAUCCGCCUGCCUCAGCCUCCCAAAGUGCUGGGAUUACAGGCGUGAGCCACCAUGCCCAGCCACUUUAGGCAUUCUCUAAAACCCAACUGCAGUGAUGCUAGAUGUGGCCUGUGUCUCACAUAGAAUUCUGCUACAAUAGAGAGGUGGUGGCCACUAACACUUACGGCCUUGCACUUGUGUCAUGUCUAAUUCUAUACUUAAAUCAUUCCGAAACAAGCCAUAUCAGUGCUGUCCAAUCAAUUUUUCCGUAAUGCCAAAUCUAGGCUAAAGAGUUCCCACUCACCACCAACACAUACUAGCAGGUAGUAGUUGGACCAAUGUGACUUGAGAGCUGACUGGUGGUUCACCUAAUGCCAACUGAAACUUCAGCUCGCUGGCUCCACCCAGUGGUAGCUAAUAAGCACAGCAACCUCAUUAACAUUGAGACAGAUUUCCUCCCUCAUCUGAUGUUCAAUCUUACUUACCUGAGAUCAAUACAUUACAUUAGCAGGGCCAAGGGACCGAUGAUCUUCAGCCUAUGGCAAUUAGAAAAGACGGAAAGGCAGUAUUGAUUACUGCUGUGGUGAUCCCAGCCCUAAUCUUUUAACCCUCAGGAAACCAGACAGACUCAGUGCCUUGAUGGCACAACAUCUUCAUUAGAUAAACUGGAUUCCUUUCCUCAGGAGACCCAAUCUGGUCCUCUAUGUAAAAUGGCCAUUUCAUUUUCUCUCAGGUCAAUUUCACUCUCUUUUAUGUGACAGCUAGUGCAGUCUUUGGGGAAAUUCGUGGGUGAUUUGAGUAGUAACAGCAAGGACAUCACUGUAAUUAUGAUAGUGCCAUAUAUUUUUCUAGCACCUCUCCCAAGGGCUUAUGAAGCCUUUUAGAGUCUUCAUCCCUUCACACAACAUUGCUUCAAGGUAGGGCCAAAGCAGAAUAUCAUCACUGUUUUACAAGGAAAGACACUCCUGUGUGGUCUCAAAGCAAAUGCUUUUAAGAGCUAAAAAUUCCUUUCCCAGCUCUUCACCAAAUGCCUUCUUUAAACAUAAAUACAAAUUGUAAUGUUAGCAGGUGCGUAUUUACAGAGAGAAACAAAGAUAAUUUUACAAUAGUGACCAAUACUGUAGCUGCCAAAAAAAAUCCUAGCUCAGAAAUUUAAAGCAGCAAUCCCAUUUUCCCUACAGAAAUGAAAACAUACUGAACUUUCUUUUGUAUUUAGCAGUAAUCCAGCAAAAUGUAAGCUUUAAUAUAGCGACUGAGGAGUGGUAGUUUGAGCCAUGAGGUACCGGGGAGCCAGAAUCCGCCUGGUGAGGACAGUGAUGACCAGCAGGUGGCAGAAGUAAAUUCCAAGCAGCCAAAAAAACAAAAGCAUUCGGAGAAUUUUCCCCCCUUCCUGAGGGGUAGGGUGGAGUUUGGACAGGAAGAACUGUAAGAAGCCAAGAUCUGCGACAGUCCCAAUAAAUACAGUCUGGUCACAAGGAUACAGGAAGGACGAUCUGGGGAGGAAUACCAACAAGAAACGAAGCCAGGGACCUGAAUGCAGAACUAGCCUCAGGUGACAUGUUCUCCUGCACUUACAAGCACCGGCAAAACCACGCCCACACAGAUGGGGCAGACACAUGUCUGGGUUUCAGCUUCUGCAGACCUUCAUCAUUUGCUUUCCUUUCUGUUUUCUCUGUCGCCCAGGCUGGAAUGCAAUGGCACAGUCUCCGCUCACUGCAACCUCCGCCUCCCAGGUUCAAGGCAUUCUCCUGCCUCAGCCUCCUGUGGAGCUGGGAUUACAGGCGCGUGCCACCAUGCCUGGAUAAUUUUUAUAUUUUUAGUAGAGAUGGGUUUUCACUAAGUUGGCCGGGAUGGUCUCGAACUCCUGACCUUAAGUGAUCUGCCCACCUCGGCGUCCCAAAGUGCUGGGAUUACAGGUGUGAGCAACUGUGCCCUUGGCUACCUCUUAAUCACUUUAGCUCUACCUGGUGGCCAUUCCUAGGUAGGUGCCCCCUCCCCAGCCCAACCCCACCGGUUUCCUUGGAGGAAACCAUCCAUGGUGGUUGGCUGCUGGGCCUUGACUCUCCGCCCAGCGCGUCUAGUGCAUGGAUGGGGUUCCUGCCCUCGACGCAGACAUCUUCUUUUUCUGACUUUCCAAAAGUAGCGGAGAGGCAGGAGGUGCGUCGUGAGGUCUGGGUGCAGGACCUAGGAAGAAGAGGUUACAAGGAACCUGCGCCAGGAGCGUGCAGUGCCCUCGGGACAGACCUAGCCCCAGGGCCCGUGGGUGUCUCUUCUUUCCAGUGGACAUUCCCACCCUUUUCACACAGCCCAUAGAAAAAUGAAGCAGCAGCAAUUUUUAUUGAGGGACCUAAACUGAAAAUAGGUUUAGAACAUAAUUUAAAAAACUAAAACAGCAAAAGUAGCAAAAAAUAUAUGACCUUUUUAAAAACAUUUUUCUUUUUUUUCUUUUUUCUUUGUUUUUAAUAUAUAGCAACUGAUGCCUCCCAGCCACCAGGAGCAUCUUACCCGAUGGGUAAAUCUCUGGUAACGACCCUUUUAAAAAGACAUGUAAAUAUAUACUCAGAUUUA